AUGUUGUGGAGAGGAAGGCUGACCUUUCGACAAUACAUACCUAGUAAAGCCCAUAAGUAUGGUAUAAAAUUUUAUGAACUUUGCUCAUCGGAUGGUUUUCUAUUGAACUUUAUUAUUUACAAGGGAAAAGGAACAGUUGUAGACGAGAAUGGAGUAACUUUUGGCAUAGUUACUAAAUUAAUGCAAAAUUAUUUUGGUAAAGGCCAUACUUUAUUUAUGGACAACUUUUACAAUAGUGUUAAAUUAGUUCAGUAUCUAUAUGCUAAUAAAAUCACAAACGUGGGAACUUUACGGAAAAACAGAAAAGAUAACCCUAAAGAUGUUUUGAACGCUAAAUUGAAAAAAAGGUGA